CUUUUUACAAAAAAAGGCUUUUAAUCGAAACUCGACUUUUGGAUCCUUUACAUAGGUCGUGAAGUUAAGGCAUAUGGAAAUUCGUGGUGCAUAUAGAAAUUCGCAAAUUGUAGGAAGAAAAGGCUUCGGAAGAAAAUAAUAUUACUGUUAAAGCCCGCUCAAUUACGAUGGAUGAUAAAAACACCUUGUAUCCCCAUUCCUCAACAAUGUUUGCUGCAGUGUCUGCUUGUGUCUUAACUGUCGUUGGAAUUUGCGGAAAUUUAGUUACUAUAAUUGCGCUGCUCAAAUCUCCGAAAAUAAGAUACCAUCCAACAACGUCGUUCGUUCUUUCAUUAUGUAUAUCUGACCUACUCUUCUGUUCAUUUAGUUUGCCAUUAACUGCUGUACGGUUCUUCAAAGAGAAGUGGACAUUUGGAGAUCAUCUUUGCCAAAUUUUUCCUGUUAUAUUUUACGGAAACGUAGCCGUGUCUCUCCUUAGUAUGGUCUGUAUAACAAUUAACAGAUAUAUUUUGAUAGCUUGUCACAACAUCUAUAUUCAAUUGUACAGAAGAAAGUGGAUAAUAUGCCAACUGGCGUUUGUUUGGAUAGUCUCGUUUUUGUUGUUGUUACCUCCACUUUUAGGUAUAUGGGGAGAAAUGGGUCUAGAUGAAAAGACAUUUUCCUGUACAAUUUUAAAGAAAAAUGGAAAAUCAAUUAAGAAGGCACUCUUUUUAACAGGAUUUCUUUUACCGUGUUUUGUUAUUAUUACUUCUUAUACUUGCAUAUAUGUAAAGGUUAUACAGCAAAGAAAAUUAAUCAAAAGCCACAGAGAAUUCACCGGACCGGUCAAAGAUCACACAAAUGCCGUUAAAAAAGGUCAAGAGGAUAACAGACUUACUUUAAUGAUGAUGACAAUAUUCAUUUGCUUCUUGGUAUGUUUCCUUCCCCUAAUGUUAGCGAACGUAGUUGAUGAUGAACGUAACACUACACAUCCUUGGCUACAUAUUGUGGCAUCGGUGAUGGCAUGGGCAUCAAGUGUAAUAAAUCCAAUAGUGUAUGCAGCAAGUAAUAGAAAUUAUCGAAUUGCCUAUAUGAAGUUUCUUGGCAGUAUAAAAUUUUGGGAGAAACCGAUAUCCACGUUGGCAAGUAGAAACUCAAAGGAGUUUUGUCAUACAGUUCGCAGUUCACCACCAAAUAAUGGGACAACGCAUCACGAUUUUAAAGGAUGUGAGAACCAUUCACUGUAAUUAAUUUUAUUUAGACAGUGAAUAAAAACAAUAAAAUAUUAAAAUACAUGAUCAUCAAGCUGAGAAUAGAUAAA